AUAGAAAAAGCUUGGUGAAUUUAUUCCUCAACUUUACCCGCCAUCUCCCACUACCCACCCUUCUCUCACUCUCUCUCGCUCUCUCGCUCCCUCUCUGUGGCUGUCUCUGCAACACAACCAUAAUGAUGGACGCAAAUCAAAGCUCCAAGAAGCGGAAGCUUCCGCCUACCCCAUCCCAUCCCUUGGUAGGUAUCUCGACCCGCAGGAAAUCUCAGAUCCAGCUCCACCGCACAUUGCACAGCCACGAUUCCUCUUAUUACCUCAAAAACUCCGAUCUCCAUGUCCUGAUCAAGGAUCUCCGCACUAGACGGGUCUUUUCGCCCAAAUCAAUUGACUCGUAUGGUCCGAAUCUCCACGAAAAUGUAAAUAGUAUUCAGAAAUUAGGCGUCGCUGUUGAGAAUUUAGAUCAAGGGAUUUCUUGCGGAGGCGGUGAGAAUAUGGAGAAGAAAAACUUGGUGUUGUCUUCUGCUGUUGAGGAGUACCCAUUGGAUGAAAAUAAUGGGGUUGAUCCAUAUACUGAUGAGAGUGAAGAAGUUCAGAAAUUUGAUUGGGGGAUUUCCUGUAAAACCCAGGUUUUGGUUGGUGUGAAUCCUCCUAGUUCGUUGGCGACCGAAGGAGAUGGCCUAAAGGGUGAUUCGGAUGAUAAAGGUGUAGUAGAUGAUGGUGAAACUGAUGGGCUUCUAAAGGGAACUGAUGAUUUGAAUGAAUGCGAUUUUCAGACGACGCCGCCUGAUUCUGAGGCAUUUGGUAAUGGGCAUGCUAAUGAAAAAGGAGGGAAGCCUCCAAUUGAAAGUACUCAAAGAAUUGAUACGUGCGUUGGACGGGCUUUUGGUAACGACUAUAAGGAGAAGAAGAAUGACUCAAUUUCUUCCUUCAAGUCGGUGCUCAAACCAUGUUCUAGACGGAAGCUAUUCAAAACUCCCGGUUCAUUUAGCUAUAAAAGAAUGCUUCCUUUUCUGAUGGACAUCGAGAAAGACAAUUCUUAUAUUCCAGAAAGUGCUGAGUGCCCAAAACCGGAGAAGUGUUUGGGACAAAAGUUGCUCCAACCAAAAUUGGGUUCUAAUGGUGAAGAAGCUGCCAUGCAUAAAUCUAUUACAAACAGCUGUUCAAUGGAGUGUUACACUGCUGACUCUGGCAAUUCUGCCAAUGAGUCAUCAGAUGGUAACAUGGCAGGUUUAACAUCUUCUAAACACUUUACUGAAUCAUUAAUACCAAUUGAUUCGAAAAAACUGGUUGAUGAUUGCCAUGAAAAGCUCUUGGUGAAUGGAAAAUUGCAGAAAUCUGAGUUGGGGUUUACUAGUAAAGACCAUGAAAUUGACUUAAAGCCUGUUCUGUCUUCUGGUUUGGAGGAUAAUGCAAAGGGUCAGAAUGACAAUGUCGAAACUGAGGAAAGGGCUUCCAGGAUUCCUCGCAAAGCUCGAGAUGAUGUAAACACCCAGUUGUCUUUGAUUAAACAUGAGUGUCUUCCAGGAAGAGAUUAUGGAGUUGCUCAGCGCUCUGAUGAUGUACAGCAGUCUGAGACGGGAGGAAUGAAGAAACCUAGUAAUUGUCCUUUUAAAGCUCAGAGUUUGAAUCCUAUUUUUCCUGAGCUAGAUAACAACAAAUCAUCUAAUUUAGAGCUGAGAUAUGUUAAUGACGGUAUGACUCAAAGUCAAAUCGAUGAUUCAAAUGAAGAGCAUGUACAGGUGACACCAGAUGCCGAGAUCCUUACUAAAGCAGACGCAGAAGAAAAUGGAAGGGCUGGAGUGGAUUUUUUUGAGAAGAGUACAGAUCAUGCCCUGGGGAAGCCACUCCUUGGAGAUAAUACAAGAAGUGCUAACCGUGCUAGUGAUAGGAGAAACUCCAAUUCUGAAAGCAAACUGGUCUUAAAUCCAUGCUCAAGACUUAAGUUAUACAGAAGUUCUGGCUCAUUCAGCUAUAGAAGAUUGCUUCCAUUUCUUGUUGAGCUCACAAAAGAUAAUUCUAGUAAGUCCUGUUUUGCCUUCUCUAUGAUAAUUCUAGUAAGCUCGCAAAAGAUUGCUUCCAGUUCCUCAAGCAGAUAUUUCUGUUCACUAAUAAUAGAAAGAUCACAUUUGCUAUCCUGGAUUUUUUUAGUUGCUUCAGGGAAUGGUUACUGCUCAAAAUCUGAGAAGGAUAAGGAAGAAAUGCGGCUUCCAUCAUGUGUUGCUUCCAACUGUCAAGAAAAUCCAGUAGUAUCAAAUGGCCACAGCUUUCAUGCAGAGCAUCAAGCUAGCCAUUCUGGUAAUCUGCCAAUGAUUGGGUUGAAUUCUGCACAAUAUUCAUCAAACGUUGAUGAACAGAAGCUAAAAUCUCCUCAGGAUGAUCCUGAACCCACAAUUUCGCUUGAUUCACUGAAGGAACAUCAGUUUCAAGUUGAACAGGUCAAAUCAGAUAGAUACAGUCAAUUGGAAACUUCCCCUAACCAAGUGAUUGCUGUCAGUUGUGGAACUUUGUCCAGGGAAGAAGGUAUAACGACGGUGUCAAGAAUGUCUUUUGACACUGAAGUAGACUGCGUUAGUUCAUUUAGAAACAAUUCUUCCUGUUCAAAGCCAGUUGAAGCAGAUGGCUUGUCUGGGAACAUAUCUCAACACGGAGCCUCAGUUCCUCCCGCAAUUGUUGGUACUGGACUCCUAAAGGGGAUUCUUAAGAGAAAUCCACGAGGAUGCAGAGGGCUCUGCACUUGUUUGAACUGUGCUUCUUUCCGUCUUCAUGCAGAGAGAGCAUUUGAGUUUUCCCGAAAUCAGAUGCAAGAUGCCGAAGAGGUGGCCUUGGAUUUGAUUAAGGAACUAUCAUACCUACGAAAUAUGUUGCAAAAAUCUGCUGAUGGUCUCAAUGAUCAUCCGACUGUUCAUGUCAAUCAGAUGCAAGAAGCGUGCAGGAAAGCAUCUGAAGCUGCAGAAUUAGCAAAACACCGCCUAGGCCAGAUGAACUAUGAGCUCAAUAUCCACGGCAGAAUCACACAGUGCUUGCAACCACCAAGAGUUAGAUUUGCCAAUUACGUUGAAGAAAGUGUCACUCCAGAGGCAGACUCGCAUAUCAAAUAGUGUUGACCGUAUGUAAGAUAAUGCCAGCGGAUUUCGCCCUACUGUUGGCACAUCCCUUCAUAACGGGGAAAUUUGGCUAUAUUGACUGUCACAUUGCUCGAUUCUAGCUGGAAUGGUUGAAACGCUAGCAGCAGUGAAGCAACUUGACUUGGUUAGAUAUUUGGAGAAUGGGAUUCUAUUUCAAAUCUCGAAAGAAAUCAGGAAAAAACUUUGAUCCCGAGAUCAUUUCUAUGCAGUGUGGACCUAUUCUUCAAGUUGGAGAGUUGUGAAGCUUCAAUUUGCUUUCAGCAGUCUUCUCUGCGUCACGAAUGUGUUAUAUUAUCACUCUUAUUAAUUUAAAAAGAUGGAUAUUGAUUUUUUAA